GCCUGCUUUAGACCGACAGACCGACCGACAGGCAGACAGGCGGGCAGAUGAUGCUGCUGCUGCUGUUCUUGUAACCCCUCACCUAGAUCAUCCUUUUGUGCGCGGCGCGCUGCAGGCUCAUAUCUCUGCGCUCUGCCCAGCUGUCACCCCCGGCAUUGGUCCGCCGUGCGCAGACACGUAGCCGCGUCGUCGACCAACCCCCCUUUUUUUUCUUCCUCCGGCAGAUUUGGAGAACCGGCGAGCGGCGGGACAGCCAGCGACGACCGGCGGCUGCAAUACUGACCGCCCCGGUAGCACGGAGCCCUCCUCAGCCAGAAGGAGUGUGAUCCUUCACAGCGUGCAGCAGCAUCAUGGCAGCUAUGGGACCAGAGGACAGAGCUGGAGCAGAGCCAGCCGGGACGGCUGCCUGUCCGUUUGGCCGACACGUUUCUGCAGCAACACACGCCAGUGAAGGACCAGACGGGCAGAAGAGCCUGGUGCUAACCCAAAGAUGUGUCCAGGCGGAGAGCUUCCAUCGCAAGAGCAAAGCAACAGGCCAGGCUGCUCCCUUUCACAGUGCUGGAUCUUCUGUACUCUUUGGCGGCGUGGGAGGAACGGCAGAAGUUCAGAACAGCUUCCGGAGUCCGGAGUCGGUAGAGAUGGACGAGAUCAUGGCAGCCAUGGUUCUAACCAGUUUGUCCUGCAGCCCCGUGAUCCAGAGCCCUCCACAAACAGAUCCUGGACCAGCUGGCUCGUCCUCGUCAGUGGAUAUGGAAAGCGCUGGCGGUGAACUGUCGGACAGCGGCAGCAGCGGCUACUGGAGCUGGGACCACGGCAACGGGAGUCCGGCGCCGUCACCGUCCGUCACCGAGAUGGACAGCAGCCCGGACGAAGGUCUACAGUUGGAGCUGGAGCAGGCGGAGGAGCACACGGCCAAGAGGGCGAAGAACUCCUUUAGAAGUGUGUAUAAGUGUCUGUGGCCCAGCUGUGGAAAAGUGCUCACGUCUUCCGUCGGAAUAAAAAGGCACAUCCGUGUGAUGCAUCUGGGCAGUGGGUCAGACCAGUCCCAGAGGGAAGAGGACUUCUACUACACAAAGAUCUGCUGUGAGACGUUGGAGGCCGGCUCCGCUCCACCUCCUGCCCAGCAGGCUCUGGGCCAGCCCUUCUCAUCCGCUCAUCUCAGCUGGGCCCCUUGUGGUUCUCCUCCAAGCUCAGACCUCCAGAUGCCCCCGACUCCCCGGCCAAGGUCCAACUCCAGCUCUGGACCUGGACCGAGCAGGCCCAGUCCGCUCAGCCAGUCGGCCCCCAGCAGCUUCUGGCAGAUCCACUCUGAGCAUCUAUAUCAGGCUUGCAGUCCAGUCCAGGUAUCCGGGGCUCCCAGAAGCCCUUGCAGCCAAGCUUGGACCCCCUCCACAUCUGUCUCCGGCCACAGUAGCACUCAGAUGGUGAAGCCUCGCUGUCGGUCUGUCAGCGUUGGGGAGCAGUGGCUCCAGCAGAACCGGCUGCAGCCCAUCAGCGCGUCGCCCUCCCGCACGCACUGCACCUUCAGGAAAGGUCGUGGUGAGGCCAAGAAAUGCCGCAAGGUGUACGGCGUGGAGCGUAAGGACCAGUGGUGCACGGCCUGCCGCUGGAAAAAGGCGUGCCAGCGCUUCCCGGACUAAACCACUUCAGGGAAGGAGAGACAGUCGGAUGAAACAGAGACUUUUAUCAGAAAGAGAAUAUAAAGGAGGCCAGGAAAACAAGCUCUUCUUAUUGUGUGUGUGGUCAUUUUGAUUUUUUAUUUUUCUCCUCCCUGGUUUAUUUUUGGGUCCUAAAAGGAAUGCAAAUAGACUUUUGUGUAUCUUUGUAACUUGAUCCUGAAAACCUGAAGUCUGCGAUGGUGCUGUCCGACUGCCUUUGACCAUGUGAUUUGUUAAGCCGCCUCCUACUUUAUCCAAAGGUUAUCCUUCUGCCCCCGUAGCUCCACUGUACUAGACUGAGUUGUUUCCUCUUAUUCCAAUCUUCCAGUGUUUACACAGUGGUUAUGAUGUGCAUUAUAUUGUGCGCUUUGAGUUAAGUACGAGUAUUUUAUACCCUUUUUUUUUAAUCGUCUUUGUUUAUACUUUUAUGUUUUUUGGCACUUUGUUGUUAUACUAACUCACAAGAAUAAGCUAAAUUUGGUUUGACUCAACCAAGUUCCUUCCAUGAGACUGAUUCCCUUCCCGCCCGUGUUUUAGCAAACAACCAAAUGGAUUUUUUUCUGUGAAAGCUGUGCGAUGAGCAUAAUGGGAAGGAGUUUGUAUUAGAGGAAAUAUAUUGUUCAAACACAAUAAAAUAAAAAAGGCACUGACAAUUUCA